UGCCUCUCUAUGCCGCUCCCACCGAAUUGACACGGAGCGAAGAAUUGGAGAAAGAAAAACAAUGGCGACUAAUGGAAGCCGUCUGUGCUCAUCAAUUUUGAAGAUUUCUUCAUCGAAUCUGGAGGGUUGCUUGGCAAGAUCAACGAUAAGUUUCUCUCCUUCGGACACGGUGAAGCGACUCUUCAGCUCGUUGGAUCAGCACCAGCAUCAGCAUCAAGAUGAAGAGAAGUCAAAUCAAGUAGGAGAGAAAUCAGAAGCGGAAGAAGAGAAGACUGAGAACGACGAAGGUGACGAAAUUGAUAUGAACGAAGAGACAGGCGAGAUUGGAGGACCUCGAGGUCUGGAGCCGACUCGUUUUGGAGAUUGGGAACGUAAUGGCCGUUGUUCAGAUUUCUGAUCUGGUUGUAACCCGUUUAUUCUACCUCUCUAUUUGUUUCUAUUGCUUUGGUGUUGCUUCAGUCGAGGAGGUUAGUACGUAGUAUAAUCAAGAUAUAUAUGUUUACGCGUUGCCCUUCCUUCACUUUUUCUAUGAACAAUAAUAAUGGUUUGUUUAUGUACCA